GAUUAUUUUGCCGGUCGGGUAUGGUUAUCAAAAUAUUGCGGAGCAUUUUGUUUUGGAUUCACUUGUUUUCCACUCCUAUUCCAACAAGUCCUUUUUGUAAUCAAUAUUGUUUGAAAACUAUUCUUUUGAAAGGAUUGCAAUGUCAUCCACAAUUGAUAUCGACCCAACAUUCAAACACGCACUGAAGCUGCUGCAUUCUGCCAACACAGAUUCAGCGGAGAAGAUCCGAAACCUGCUCGAUGAACUGAUUAAGCAACGUUACGGUGCCAGUAAAACGCUUGCCAGUACGAUUACCAAAAAACACCUGGACGAAGAACGAUCUGCUCCGGGCAGCAAUCUUUAUGUUCGGAAACAAAAACCGGUUCCGCAACCGGCCGUGGUAGCGGUAGUGCCCUUAGAUUCCAAGCAGGAAUCUCCUGCUUGCAGUUUGCCUGCUACGGAAAGUGCGGUUGCGACACCAGAAUCAUUAACGGUUCCGCCACCACCGGGAUCGAUCAUUCUAUCCAUAUCGGAUGUUGAGGGCAAUGAUGAAGACGACGAUGUCGUCAUGGAAGAGGAUCAGCUCAAAGAGCUGGAAGAUCUGAUGUGUAUUGUUUGCAGGCGAAUGGAUGUCAGUGCUAGAAAUCGACUAGUGGAAUGUGCCGAUUGCCACUCCCUGUACCACCAGGAUUGCCACAAACCAAUCAUUUCUGAAUCGGACGCAAAUGAUCAGGAAAAUGCAUGGUUUUGUACUCUUUGCAAGGGAAAAUCGAUUGUCAAGUCGUCGUCGUCGACCGUCUCAACGAUUGGAUCACCGGCAAAGGUUUCAUCCUCGUCACAUUCUAAGUCGAGCAGCGGAAGUAGCCGAAGUUACGAGUCGUCGUCCUCGAAACAUAAAAGUUCGAAAUCCGGCAGCAGUAAAGACGGAUCUUCCCACGACCGAGACCGGGACAGAGAUCGCGAUAAAGAACGCGAUCGUGAGCGUGAUCGAGAUCGGUCCGAUCGUGACCGAGAUCGGUCCGAUCGUGACCGCGACCGAUCCGAUCGUGAUCGAGACAAAGAUAAGGAACGAUCUUCCAAGAGUGGUUCCAGCUCGACAUCAUCCGCGACUUCUUCGACUGUUGGUGUAACGUCGUCUUCGUCGUCGAGCGGAACAGGAGCGGGAACACCCAAUAUAAACAUUAUCAGCGCUGACAAACGGCUUCAGAUGAUGAAGAAAAAAGCUGCGAAACAACAUGAUAAUAAGCGAAAGCACAAAUAAACGAUUGA